AUGGCAGAUGUAUCGGAGUUCCGUAAUAUUACAUUAGCAGAUCGGCAUGAUCCAUAUCAACAACAUCAUCAGUAUCAUCAUGAUACGGCAAGCUCCAAUUCCGCCCAUAAUGUUGGUAAUAAAAUAAAUUUAUAUUCGGUACGUUGGUUACAUUUACCCAGCACCGUUGGAAAUUUAUCAUUGGCCAUGAGCCGUUCACAGAGUAAAUCGAUGAUACAAAAGGCCAUACAAUUUAUAUAUUACAAAAAUGGACAUUUAUUAGCCAAAUUAUCACCAGGCGAUGAGGAGUCCCAAGAAGAUAUGACAUAUGUGGCCCAGAAAUGCGGGGGCAAGGAAAAAACUGCAUUUAUAUAUCAUGGCUGGACAGAGAGUUGCAGUACCGAUUGGGUUGGCAAGCUAAGGGAACGUUUAACAUUUUAUCGCGGUGGCUGUAUAAUUUGUGUUGACUACAGCAGUUGGUCCAAGAAACCCUAUUUGGAUUUGGUGCAAAAAUUCGAUAUUAUAAGUCAAAUAUUAUAUGAUGAGAUAUUAGAACUAAUUCGCCGAGGUGUGAAUCCCUCAAAUGGUUAUAUGUUUGGUUUUAGUUAUGGCGGUCAGCUGGCAUCGAAAAUAGGAAGGAUGUUGAUCCACUACAAUGAUUAUACAUUCAAGCAAAUUGAUAUGUGCGACAUUGCUGGGCCGGGUUUUGAUUUCCUUUCCUAUGCCACACACAGUGAAGCGGCGGAAAAUGUUGCCUGUUAUUAUGCCAGCCUGGAUAAGGGUACACAAUUUCGUAGCUGUCAUCAGAAUAUACUGUUGGGUCACUGUGGCUAUACCCAACCGGCGAUUUUAAGUCAACCCUAUUUCAGCAGCCAUGGCCUGAGUGUACAAAUCUACAUAAAUGCCUUUGAUUAUCCAUUUUAUGCCUCAAGCCGGCUGCCACCCUGGUGUUUGGCUGGAAAUCCGGUAUUGAAUUUGCCGGAAGGUUUUAAAAUUGGCUAUAAUGGUGACAUUGGAGGCCAUAUCCAAGGUGAUAUAUUUGUACCCACAAGUCUAAAUUAUCCCUAUAAUUUGUCAAAACGUCAAUUGAAGGCCUAUGAAGAAUAUUAUAAUGGAUGA